AUGGUGAAGGAUAAUGGUCGUAUAGAUAUACUGCUUGAGACUUCUGUAGCCGUAUUAGUUCUAACAGAAGUGUUUUACUUGUGUCCCUUUCCUGUACAGGUGGUUUUUGACCAUGAUGGGGUACCAUAUGGUCAUGCUUCUCUUUCAACAAAACAAAGUUUUGUAGCGAAAGGCCUGAAUUUCCGCCACACUCUAUAUCCCGCUUAUAAGAGCAACCGGCCUCCAACCCCGGAUGCAAUCGUGCAGGGCCUUCAGUACUUGAAAGCAUCCAUUAAGGCUAUGUCCAUCAAAGUAAUUGAGGUCCCAGGUGUUGAAGCUGAUGAUGUAAUUGGGACCCUGGCCGUGAGAAGUGUCAAUGGUGGAUUCAAGGUACGAGUUGUCUCCCCAGACAAAGACUUUUUCCAAAUUCUAUCUCCUUCGUUGCGUUUAUUGCGGAUUGCUCCUCGUGGAUUUGAGAUGACCUCUUUUGGGAUGGAAGAUUUUGCUAUCAAAUAUGGAGACUUGGAGCCAUCUCAAUUUGUCGAUGUAAUCUCACUUGUUGGAGACAAAUCUGACAAUAUACCAGGAGUUGAAGGGAUAGGGGAUAUGCAUGCUGUUCAACUGAUUACAAAAUUUGGGACAUUGGAAAAUUUGUUGGAUUGUGUUGAGCAAGUUAAUGAGGAGCGAAUUAAAAUGACACUGAUUUCAAACUCCGAGCAGGCAAUUCUGAGCAAAAAUCUUGCUAUGCUGCGUUCUGAUCUUCCAUUCUAUAUGGUUCCAUUUACUACCGAUGACCUGGGUUUUGUCAAACCAGAGGACAAUGGUGAGAAAUUCACGAGCCUCUUGACUGCCACUGAAGGAUUUUCAGCAGAUCGUAUAAUUAGAAGGGCGUUCUAUUUGUGGAAGAAGCUUGAAAGAAAAUGA